UGAAUAACCCCUACUGUUGCGCACCAAGAAAUGCAAAAUGAAUAUCUGUCUCGCAUAUUAGCGGUAAAUACGUUUUGAUUGGCGCGCCUUUCAUUCAGGAUAAAACAUGACGUUGUAAAUCCAAAAAAAAAUCCGACUAAAAUACCCUAGGACUUCAGGAGAAUCGUAGCUUCUGCAUCAACGUAUAAAGGGCGGUUUCAUAGCCAUCCACCAACUAUACCGCACUAUUACUACAUAUCUCAUCAAGUAUGGCUGACGCUGGACGCAAAGGAUUUGGACAGAAGAUGGAAGAGACAAUGACUCCUCAGUCUCAAAAGACCUAUGCUCAGCAAGGUAAAGAAGCUCUCACUAACGGAUAUGAUAAGGUGCAGGCUGGAAUCACUCCGGAUUCGCAAAAGUCUGCUCAUCAAAGUGCUUACGACUCCGUCAAGGGCCACGCCGACGACCAAAACAAGAGCAUCUUGCAGUCUGCUAAAGAGAAGAUGGGAAUGGAAUAAAUGCCAUUCGUAUGUAAUAAUACCAUUCAUCUGGAAUUAUGACUUUGUAUAAAAACUUCAUAUAUUACGAAAUGUGAAAGUCAAUAAUAAAAAUAUCACAUAAGAAUAUGGCAUUAAA